CCUUUCGCGAAAUCUAGGGCUCUUCCAAAAUGGAGGUGUGUUGCGACAUUGAUUCAAGAUCUCCUCCUAAACCACUGCAAGAACCCUAGGUUGGGGCGCGAAUUGGGAUCUGAUAGAUGCAGCGCGCCUCAUGGAAGAUGCGCGUAUUCUCCAGCAGCCGCCGCAGCCACAGAUUCUCGCCCAGCAGCAGCGGCCGCAAGAGGAUGAAUGCGUAGCCGAGGCGUCGGGAUCGGCAGUCGUGGCGUGGGGGACGCUCGAGGAGCUCUUCCUCGUGAGCGCAGUGGCCCGGCAUGGGACCGGCGAUUGGAGCUCCGUGGCUAGCGAGCUCCAAGCGCGGGUCAAGCUCCUCAGCCUGCCAUCGUCGUCUUUCUCCCAGGAGGCCUGUAAGAGCAAGUUUGAUGCUCUUUGCGGUCGCUAUGGCGGAUCGGGAUACUGCAACGGUGGGAAUGGAAGAGAGCAGUACCCUUCAUGGUUUGACGAUGUUCGCAAACGAAGGAUGGCACAUCUCAAACGAGAGCUUGAGUGGCACGAUGGGUGUAUAGCGUCCUUGACAAACAGAUUGAAGAGGCUCAAGGCUGAGAGAGCGCAGAGCUUGCAGGUUACGAGCAAGCAGCACGCUUCGGAAAAGCCUGGCGCUGGCUUAGUGGAGCAUACAAAGCCAGCGGAUCAAAGCGCUCCAGAGAGUUGUGUUGUCCAAGAUGGGGACGUGGAAGUCGACAAGAGGAAUCCUCCAGGUGGCGUUGGCACUGAGGAGACAGGGAUCUCUAAGAGCAAUGAGGUUUCGACCGUUGAAAAUGAUGCAAAGAGGGAUAGUAUGGACGAAGUCAAGAAGUAUGAAGAAACUGCUGAUGGGAAACCUGCAACAGAGGCGAUGGAAGAUGCGAAGGUGGCAACAGAUGAAUCUGCGGAGGUGGAGGCAGCCGACACAGAAAAAGCAUCAGAAGCAGCGGUAAGGGAUGUAGAUAUGGAGGAUCAAUCUCACAGUGCACAGAAGGUAGAAGUAGUCACAGAUGUUGAUACAGAGAAGCGGGUCGAGGAUAUAGAUAAAGUAGUAGCAGAUGGGUCGCAUGAAGGAAUGCGCCAGGAUGAAGACGAGACAAAACCGGGUGGUGAUGACAUGGUUUGCUUGAAGAAUGAAGCUGACAUUGGCAAGAGUAAACAGUCCGAACGAGAAACUGCUAGUAAAGAAGUCGUUGCUUCUGAUACCGAACCAGACGAUGCAGCGCGGGCUCCCGUAAAGGAUGGUACUUGUCAAGAUGACGGAGAUGGAAUGGAAGGUGAUGGAAAAUCAACCGAAGUUUUAUCGGAAGAGAAAAGGCAAGCACCAGCGGUGGAAGAGAAGGAAACUGUUGAAGCUGUUAGCUCUGAUGUUCCUGGCGUUGAGGAUAUGGAAGAUGCUAAGGUGGAUAAGUUACCAAUUGUUGAUCAAGGGGAGCCAUCAGCAAUUGCCGCUGGCGAUCCUAAGGCUUCUGCAGAUGUUACCGGAGGCAAGGAAGCUGUCAGAGCAUCCGACGGCAAUUUUGUAGGAUCUGCUUCCGAAAACACAGCAGUGGCUCCUACCACCGUCGAGUCAGGGAGUGAGAUGCUUUUGGACACCGAGGGGACAAAAGCAAGUGACGAGCCACUUCCAGUUUUGAGUACGCAUGUCCCGGAGGCCGAAGAUGUUACGAAGUCGGAUGCUAAUCAGCCAGCAGACGACGACGUUGUCCAGGUCGACGGGUUGGUGGUAGAUAUUGUUACCGAGCAGCCAAACGCGAGGCGAGUCUCGCAGGACGAGAAGGAAUCGAGCGCCAGUGCUGCUCAACAUUCUUCGAGCACAGACGUAAAGCCUGCUGCGGAUUUGAACGAGAAGAGCGACGAGUCACAGGGAGGAACUCGUCAGGCCGACUCAGUGGAAAAAGCUGACAAUGCAGUGGUUUCGAGGGCCAGUACGCAGGACAUUGGUUCUCCAGCAAGUGUUAACGAGGGCAGUGGCAGUGCUCUCGAGCAGUCGAAGGACAGCCGAGUUGAACGAAGUGAUGUUGGCUCUCAAGCCGACGGGCCCGAGGACUCUCCAACAAGUAGGAGGACCAAAAACGAAACCGCGCACAUCCUCAAGCUUCAACCUCUCAUGGACUGCCUCCGGACGAUUUCCAACCACAAGCAAGCUUCUUUCUUCAAGCAGAAACAAGAAAGCCAGGACGAUCCUCGCUAUGCUCAAGUUGUUCGAAGGCACAUUGAUCUCAACAUGAUAAGAGCACGCCUCAAGGAGGGAGCAUACUCGGGCAGUCUGGAGUUUUUCCGGGACAUCUUACUCGUCUUCAACAACUGCAUCGUUUUCUACCCGCGAGAUUCGCCGGAGCACAGCGCAGCGGUGGUGAUGAGGAAGCUGGUGAUGGAAGAGAUGGACAAGCUGAUGCAAGCAGAAGCCGGCGCUACAAAGCCCGACAAGGCGGCCCCGCGGAAGAGAGAGACCAAAAAGCCUGCUACUGCGCUCGAGAACUGUUCAACCAAAGCCACCGCCGCCACAGCAGUAAGCACGACACCAGCACGCCAGGCGAGUGUACCCGCGACGACUACUCCCACCACCACCACCACGACGACAACCACCGGAGCUGUAGAGAACGCGGCGAGCGACAACAGCAGGUCCAAGAGCGCGAGCUUGAGCCCCGGCGGCGGCGUUCCCAGCAGCAAAGGUGGCGGGGAAGAGGACGACACGCGAGAGGGGGGAGAGCCCGAGGUGGAGGGAGGCAAGGCCAAGCCGCUCAAGGCUUAUGGCCGGAAGAACAGAGGUGGCGGAGGAGGAGGGGCCGGUGGCGGCGGUAGCAGCGAGCACAAGUCCGGCAAAGGCGUCACCAGAGAGAAGCCGCUGGAUGCUAUAGUGAAGAAGAUUGGAAAGGCCGAGGAGGCCGCGGCGGCGGCGGCGGCGGCGGCGGCGGCGGCGGCGGCGGCAGUAGCAAGCAAAGAGAAGGAGAAGGAGAAGGAGAAAGACAAGGAGGAGAAGAAGGAUCGAGCUAAGGAGCGCAAAGACUCCAAAGCCUCGGCUUCCAACCAGGACAAGCAGAGCUCGUCCAAGAAGAAAGGCAAAGGGGCUGCUGCUAGUGUAGUGAAAGAGAAGGAGAGCGAUGGCGUUGCUCCAACUCCGAGCGCCACUGCUGCUACUCCGGCCGGUGGUGGUGGUGGCGCUACUGCUGCUACUACUGCUCCAGUUCGCGGCGUUCGAAACAAGAGAUCGUCAGCCAAGGACGGCCAAAGGCCAGCGGCAAAGCGCGCUAAGAGAUGAAAGAAGAUGAUGGGAGAAGGAAGCUCUCUAUUAUUUUUCUCUCUCGUUCUUUUCCUUUUCUUUCUUUUUUAAACUCAAGAAUGCCUAUGUUUUUUGAUCA